AUAAAAUGUCAGUGAAUGCUGAAUUUCAGUAUCAAAACAGGGUGUGUACUAUCAGGGUGUAGACACACUGAUCCGUUGUGUUUGUUGGAAUAUUCUGGAUAGGCUGAACAUUUUGAGGCUGUUCCAGUGUCACCUAACAUGUGACUAGCUUAGCUGCAGGUUCAGAGCAGGUUCAGCUAAAGUGGAACUUGCUGGGGUGUAAAGCACAGCUGUGUGAUAACUGAGAUGUGUCAGAAUGCACACAGAUUGCACAGGGAAAAUGAAAGACAAGCAGCAAGUUGAUAUUUCCUGACACAAGGCACAAUGCUUUCUCCUCACUGGCUAAUACAGUACAUUCUCUCUCAUUUGACUGAUGCUGACACACCUACACACACACAUACACACAUACUCAUACACAAACCACCCACUCCCAGAACAAAAAUUUGGAGUGAUCAGAUGCUGUCUUCAGAGUAGAUGUGAAGAUUGAUAAUCAACUAAGAAUGUUUUAGACAGAGAGUGGGUUUAUCACAUGAUUUGUCAGUUAUACAAGAUUUGAAGUUUUAUUGCCACGGAGAUAGACGCAAGAGGACACUGAGAGGUAAGAAACCCGGAGCAAUCCACAACUGAUAUGACUUUGUAAUGUCCCCCUCAGAUACUCGGGCAAGCUAAACAGUCCAAUCACAUUAAAGCUCAGUUAAAAAUAUAUCACUUUUGAAAAAUACUGCAUUUUAACCUUGCUCUGCUUUCGUUUCCUCAAAGCAAAUACAUCUGGUUAAAAGUAAAUUACGCCGCAGGGAAAAUUGGCCUCUCUGCUAUCUGAUUAAACACUCUGGAAUGCAGAGAGACUGGCAAAGGUGCCACACUUUCAUUGAAUCAAAGGAAAUACUGCCCAGAUAAGAAAAACACAGAAAGGACAUGAGCAGAAUGGAGUGAUGUGUGUGUCCAGUAUCAACAUGUACAGACCUGUCCCUGUGCACUGUAGGAGAUAAUGAAAGAAAGACAAGGAGGAUAGUCCACACCCACAUGACGGAGCAGAGAUGGAUGCCAAAAAGAAGAAGAAAGCCAGUUCCUCCAGCCGUCUCUCUAUGAUGAGUGACCUCUCAAGAGAAGCGCCUCCAGAUUUCAGCAAUGAGGAAAAGAAUCCUCCAUGUGCUGAGACAGACAGAAUGGAUGCAGACCACGAGAAGAGACCUACAUCACCAGUUUGUAUGUCUGUGAAGAGCGAUGAGUCAAUGAGCCUGCGAGUAACUUUUAACUCUGGAGAAAAAGAAGCUAGGAAUGUGAUGCAGGUUGCAAAACAAUCCCCUGCCGUUGGAUCACAGGCUAACACAUGUGACAUUAAACUUCCACCAAUGAUUGAGGACUGGACAAAAGAACAUGUAAAAGACUGGCUGAUCAUUAGACUUCGAGUACCACAGCAAAUUGCACAAAAUCUCUAUGACCAAGAGUUGUCAGGUUCUUGCUUGGUCUCCUAUGAGAAACAAGACUUGUUAGAACUAGGUGUUCCACUAGCUCCAGCAAUACAAAUCAUACGACAGGUUGAGAAGUUCAAGAGGCACUCUGAGACUUUUGAGCCAAGUAUGAGAACUCAUAUGAACUAUUAUGAACUCAGCAAAGGUGAACUAUGGAAAAGUGCAGAGAUGCAGAUUGUGUCAGGAAAUAUGGAUGAAUCUAUGGAAAUGCAAACCAUGUCAUCAGAUUCAGGAAUUCAAAGUCUAAGUUCAGUACAGAUGUUACAAAUAGCAAGAAAUAAAAUAAGAUCUGUAAUAGAUCAGAGGACAACAAAUGACAUACAGUUACAUACUGAAAUGACUGACAAGGCAACAUGUCUACAUUUGAAGAAGCCAGUAUGUCAGAUUCGGCCCUUUGACAAUAGAAACUCCAACAUCUUUUACAUAAAAAACAACACUCUUCCUCCUGUAGCUGGUCCAAGUAAUCUCCUUGACCCUGUGCAUGAGUACCAGCUUCUGCCUAGUGCAGAUGAAACCAGUGAAAGAGAGAUCCUUUAUGAAUUCACAAAAGAAGUAUUUAGUUUUGCAGCAAGCUGCAUGAAUUCACGAACCAAUGGCACAAUUCAUUUUGGAGUGCACAGCCAGCCAGGACAGGGACAUGGUGAAGUAGUUGGACAUGAGAUCACGUCAUUCAGCAAAUAUAAUGAAGCAUUUGAAUCAUGUCUGAGUGAAUACUUUGAGGAACAGCAUGUAAAUACUGCCAGAAUGUGCAUCAGGCCUCCACAUUUUAUACAAGUUCACUCUGAGGAUGGAACAACUUCAAACAAAUGGGUGAUUGAGGUCGAUGUUGUUCCAACAUAUUCUGAGACACAAGAGAAUGUUUUCUAUACCCUGUUGAGUAUAGAAUCAGCAGAAAAAAAGCAACAAUGCAAAACUGAAUGUCUCUUUGUACGGGAUGGCCUGAGGUCAGUCAACUAUUUAGCAGAUACAGAUCCUCGGAUAAUUCAAGAGAAGAUGAAAAGUUUGACUGAUCAAGUCAAGUGUUGGGCUUCAGCGCGAAAAGCAGCAGAGGAAAAGGAUGAAAAACAACCCUCCCAAGGCCACCAGGGCCAAAGGUUAAAACAACUGAUAACUCGUGGAAGAGAUACAUUUGAAAAUUCCCUUCCAGUUAUUGUUGUCACAGACAAAUGUCAUUCAAGCCAACUGGAGCACUUGGAUUUUUUGAAAGAGAUGAAGUUGUUUGCUGUACUUGAUUUUGACCCAGAGUCUGACGUGAGUGGAACAUGCAGUUCUUACAGAGGAGAUCGCAUAGCCAAUCUGCACUACCCACGCAUGUUCACCACUCAGGACAGUAUAACUACGAUCAUUGGAAAACUGAACUUGUUUAAGCAAACAAGUUGGAUUUUCUGCAAUGGACGUGUGAAUGAAGAGAGUGAGACAGAUAAGCCUCUAACAGACAAUGAAUGGAUUAAGAAACGCUCCGGUGAUGUUAACAACAUGGUUUCAUUGCUUUGCAACCCAGAUUUGCUUUCCAAAGAUAGACUACUGAUAUUCAUUCUUCACUCAGCAGUAACUGACAUCUCAAGCCCUAUUUUGGAAACCUUCUGUGCAAUCUAUCGCACACUGGAAGGGGUCGACAAUAUGCUGUGCAUCUGCAAAAACUAUGACAUAUUUCGUCACUGGCAGAGACUGAUUGAGUCUCGCUGUAAAGAGGACAUCACCAGUAAAUGCAUCUACGACCUGAGUCUGAAUGAAAUAUCAAGCACCAUCAAAAGACUUAAAGAACCUCAAACACAAUCUUCCAGGAGAUUCUUGCCAUCCACAGGCUCAAGCUCUGUCCUGCUGGCAAAAAAAGAUGAGGAGCUUAUGACUGUUUUGGACAUCUUGUGUGAAAAUGAAUGUCAGAACACAGAAAUUGAAACAGAAAAGGAUUCCUUUGAGGAGUUCAAAAAGAAGACAGAGGAAGACUUUUACAGAGGAGGACAAGUUUCAUGGUGGAAUUUUUAUCUUUCUGAAAAGGAAGGAAGCCUGCCAUUCAUCAAACGAGACAAAUACAAUGAGUUGCAUGACUUGAUCACACCUGUAGAAGGCCACACAUCUCCAUGUGUCAUUAUCAAUCUCUUCCACCACCCUGGAUGCGGGGGAUCAACUCUAGCAAUGCAUGUUCUUUGGAACUUGAGGCACAAAUUCAGAUGUGCUGUUGUUAAAAACAGCACGGCAACAAAUAAUGAAAUCGCAACCCAAGUCAUGAAGCUGCUGACAUAUGGAAAACAGGAGCAGUCGGGAUAUACACCUGUUCUCCUCUUGGUGGACAACUGGGAUGAUACAGAGGACCUAAAGUUAUGCAUCCUUGCCAGUGAUAGGAAGCGGCACAGCACCUUGAUGGUAAUCAUACUGAACUCUGAGAGAACCCAGUUCCCUGCUGAGAGCUCCAGAAAUAGCCGCAAUUUAAAUGUGUUCAUCACCAACAAGUUAUCAGCCAAAGAGCAGAGUUUGUUUUCAGAGAAGCUUCAACAACUCAAGAAAGACCACAAAAAGCCAGAGACUUUCUAUGCCUUCAUGAUCAUGACAAAUAAUUUUAGUGAGGAUUACAUCAAGAAAACAGUGAGCAACAUUGUUAAAGAUCUCGACACCACUACUCAGCAGGGUAGGCUUUUCUCCUUCCUAGCUUUGCUUAACACUUAUGUCAAUGGAUCCCACAUGUCACUCUCUUUGUGUGAAGAGUUAGUGGGGAUAAGGAAUGCUCUGUGGAGGCGAGAAACUCUUGAUGAUGAAAUGAAUCCCUAUUCCACACUGAUGAUCACUUUCACAGUUGAAGAGCAUGGCACCUAUCGAGCUGUACGAUUCUUACACCAAAUGAUUGCUAGGAACUGUCUAGACCUUCUUACCCUGAAAUACAAGCUUUCUCUGGCUGAGAUAACUAUUAAUGUUUUGCACUGUGACAGACUCUACAAAUCAUGCAUGGGAAAGGAUUUCCUAGUCCAAAACAUCCAAAGCAUGCUCGUCACACGUCACCGAAAAGAACAAGGAAAUGACAAAGACACAUUGUUUUCUCCAUUGAUUGAAGCCAUAGGUGAGGCAGAAGGACCUGGCAAAAUCAAAGAAGUAUUAGAGAGAGCCACAGAGAGGUUUGACAGAAGUGCAACACUGCCACAAGCACUGGCAAGAUAUAUCUGCUUGAAAGAAGAAGACUUCAACUCUGCCCUUAAGUGGGCUUUGAAUGCACGAGAGAAAAAUUCAAAUUCCUAUAUUGCAGAUACAGUUGGACAAGUGUACAAGGGCCAUCUCAAAAAGGAAAUAAAAGAUUGUGAGGAUCUCACUCCUGAAACACUUGACAAAUACCUAACAAUAGGAUUCAAGGCUGUAAAGGCAUUCCAGGAUUCACAGGAGCUAGCCAAAAAAGAUGAACAAGAAGAUCCACUUGAACUACACACCAAAAAGAGACCAAAGUCAUACAAUACAUCUGGCUAUGUUGGAGAGACAGAAGUCAUGAUGAUCCUUCUAGAUGUCAUUAAAGAUCUUCCUCUUUUUGCUGCCAGUGACAGACAUAAAAGAGAUAAAAUGCUACAGUUUCUCAGAGAUCAACACCCAGUGAGCAAAUUAAAUGAUCACAGCGACACAACAGUUAACCAGUUUGUGUCUGUCUUAGCAGACCAUGAGAGAUUUCUGAUCUCCUUGAAGCCAAGACUGAAGGAAAUUUUCAGCUUUUUUGAGACCUACUUCCUAUACCUGAAGCCUAGGUCAAAGGAAAGGGAAAUAGCUGAUGAAAGAAACAAACGAAAGGUGUCUGAGUACUUCAAAAAGUACAUUGAAGUAUUCAGUGGUUCCGAAGAGGAGAAAGCAUCUGAAAAAGCCAGUAAACCCAAACUGAGUCUUCACCAGACAAUAGUGGAACAGAGGUGCUAUCUGGAAAUGAAGCGAGCAGACUCAUUUGCUGGACUUCUGCAGUGCUUAAAUGACAAGAAUGGGUCAGAAGUAGAGCACAUUCUCAAAAAAUGGCAGUUUAUAAUUGACAACUCACCAAGAAGAUGUGUUUCAGAUACAGUCAACUUCAUCCUGGCAAACAUAGUUGUCCACAGCAUCAAGCCCUCCUCCAAACUGCUGAAAAAAUAUGAAGAUUUGGUUGACCUUCUGAAUGAAGAACUGCAAAAGGAGGGUACUCACUCAAAAUGUACAGAGCUGUAUUACCUCUCCAUGUUGCUCAUGUGGCCUACACAAGACAGAAGACUUGAAAACUCUGCAACAUACAAAGACAUCAGCAUGUACGUCACAUCAGCCAAGAAAACUUUUCAUCGACGCUUCUCUCACAUGUUUCCAGCAAGGAGUGUUAUUUCUCAUUUCUUCCUUGGAAAAUCCAGUGGACUCAAGCGAAUAGUUUCAAAAGUGAAGCUUGAUCAAAUUUUGACAAGAGUUUCAAAGGAAGACGAUUCUCACAGUACCCAAAGUAGUCAAUCACGUAACCUGCACCAUCUGUGGCAGAGUGGUGCUGCAUGGAAUGAGCCAGAGGUCCAGGGGAAGCUAUUAAGGGUAAAAGGAAAAUCAGAAAAUGGUGAGAUCUAUGUCAACUAUGGUGCCAACCUAAAAAUGCUGGUGCGUCCUGUCUACCUGGGUGAUAUCCGCAGUGGAUACAGCCGUGAAGAUGUAUCCUUCUACCUUGGAUUCACCAUGGAAGGACCUGUGGCCUAUAAUAUUAAGUAUGAAAAUGACCAAUGAGGAAAUUUGUGGGUGACAAGCUGUUGAUCAUCCUAGCUGCUUUCUUUUCUUUGAGUACAAAUAAUUUGGGUCUGUAACCUUUUAAACAUUCUAUUAUCACAACAGGGUUAAGCAAUAUGAAACAAAGCUAAGCUUAUGUCAGAUGUUUUAUUUGAUAAUCUCUUUUUGUCAUUUUAUAUUUUCAUAUUGUUUUAUCAGUUUUGGAAAAGUGGUCAUACAUUUAACAUAAGUUACUCUCUUACUUUGAAGCAUAUGCUGGCCACUUUAGAGAACCAAGUUGCAGCUUGUAGCUGGUCUGUCACUGACAUUGUUGAGAGAUAUUCAAAGUAUUUGUCAUUACUAUUAUUACUAUUAUUACAUUUUUUCUACUUUUGAUGCAUUAUAUUUUCUAUUGAGAACAGCUUUUUAAACAUUUAGAAUGUGUGUAUAGCAUUUUGUCAAAACUCAACCCUGUGUGAACAAGUGUCUUGUCCUAAAACAGAGACUGAGGUCUUAAUUUGUGGUGUUAUGCAAUGUUUCAGAGUCAGGAUUUACUUAAUGUAUGUUUCAUUUUAAUUUUUAAAGAUUUUUGAAUAUGGAUAUUUUUAGACUGUAUUGACACAAGAUUCACAGAUAUACAUCUAGAUAUUUGAUUUCAUGAUAAUAUGAUGUUCUGUUGAUUUUUUUUUUUUUUUUUUUGUUGAAGCCUUUAUAAAAUUUAAAUACUGAUGAAAUAUUGGGAAGGGGUCUUGAGCAUGGGGAGAUCCUUUACCUUCCUUUAGCAUUUUAGCAGCUUUUUAAAUGUAUAUCAUACAAAUGUAUACAAGUCUGUAUGCUUCAUCUGCACUACUUAUGAGGAACAAUUUCAUUUAUAUACUAUUCAACAAACAUUUUUCACAGAGACAUUCUAAUCUAAUGAGGGACAUUGUUGUGUUCCAUCAUUAAAAAAAAUACUUUUUACCACUAGGUGGCCCUGUUGUGAAGCACUAUUGGGUAAUAGUGAAGGUAUUGUGGAUAGAGAGGUAGCGAGAGUCAAGAUGACAACUACUGAAUGUACAAUAUUAUGCCUCUACUGAGAACUGUGUCUUGCUUUAUUGUUAGCCUGUUGAAUAA